UGUUAACAAAGAUAAAAAUUAAGGUUAGAAUACGGAUGCCUAGAUUUAAAAAAAAAGAAAAAUGGGGGAAUCAAUAAAACAAAGACAAGUUGGCAUGCUAAUAAAAAAAGAAGUCAUAUUGGAAGGUACUUUGCUUCUGAAAGAGAGUCCUUUCGUUUAUAUCCUUAGUUCAAAAUAUAGGACUGAUUAUUGCGAUUUUUGCUUCAGGAAAUCCAAUGAAUUGUUGAAGUGUUCAAACUGCAAAUAUGUGUAUUAUUGUGGUCGACCUUGCCAGAAAGAAGGAUGGAGUUUACAUAGGUGGGAAUGUAAAAAUUUUAAAAAAAUUUCCCCAAAAUUGUUGCCAGAUGCAGCGAGGUUGCUAUAUAGGUUGCAUAAGAUUCUGGAAAAUGGGGGAAGUACCAAAAAGUCGUACUAUACUGAAAAAGAUUACAGAACUUAUAAAGAUCUUAUGUCCCAUUACCCUGAGCUAAAAAAGGAUCAGAGAAGGAUGGAACAUCUGUCUUCUCUGUAUGGAGUCCUGUAUGAAUUUUGUGAUAAUAUGUUACCAAACUCCGCAGAAUUUAUGGGCAUAUAUGGAAGAAUGUGUAUUAAUAGUUUUAAUAUAUGUAACCAGGAAUUACAAAGUUUAGGAACAGGUAUUUACCUGGCCGCUUCAAUUAUAGAUCAUUCCUGUGAGCCAAAUGCAUUAGCUGUAUUUGAAGGAACCACUUUAUAUGUUCGGUCUCUAGAAAAAAUGUCCUGCCUCGAUUGGUCUAAAGUGAGAAUAAGCUACAUAGACGUAAUGGGGUCUACAGAAGAUCGGCUUAGGGAAUUGCAAAAGACCUAUUAUUUUUUAUGUGACUGUGUUAAAUGCAUAGAACCCGAAUGUGUAGAUGACAUGUACGGGGCAGCUUGUCCAAAUCCCAAAUGUAAUAGUAGCAUAAAUAUGAACAACAACCCUACACAGUGUAUUAAGUGUGGCACGGUUGUUACUCAAGAUUUUGCCAAUAAUUUCAAAGACGUUUUGGAGUUUACAGAAAUGCAUUUAGAUACAAUGAAGCAAACCACUUAUUUGGAUGUUUGUAAAGUGUGCUUGAAACGUCACCAACAAGUGUUAUUUAAAUUUCAUCUAAAACACGUGAAAGUCUUGGACCUCGCAUUUGAAAGUGCAAUUGAUUUGGGCUUAUUUGAUGAAGCAUUGCAAUAUGGACUAGAGUUGAUUGAAGCCUACCGGAAAUAUUAUCCAGAAAUACAUCCUCUAAGAGGGUUGUUGCAUUUGAAGCUCUGCAAAUUAUUGCUGUAUGAAGGUAAAGUGACAGAAGGAAUCAAUCACUUAAAAAGUGGCACACAGAUAUUAAAAAUCACCCAUGGGUCUUCAAGUUCCCUCUACAAAUCAGAAGUGCUGCCAUUAAUGCAACAGUGCAGAUGUAUUUUAAAUGGAGUAAAAUGAUCGGACAAAGUAUUUUUUUAAUUAUUGCGUUUUUUUGCUUCUUGAAGUUAUUCCAACCAAUAAUUCAGUAUUGCCAAACACCAACAAAUGUUUUACAAAAUUAACUGUACCUUUUGAUUCUUGAUCCUUUAAUCAAUUGUAAAAUGA